AUGAAGGAUUAUGAUGAAACCACAGCGUUCCUGGGUCAGUGGGGAUGCUUCCAACGGGUUGUCUUCUUUGUGCUUGUUGCUAGCAUCAUACCCAAUGGAUUUGGGGCUUUUUCUGUUGUCUUUCUUGCUGACGUUCCCAGUCACCACUGCCUGGUGCCAGAUGAAAAUCUUACCAAAGGCUGGCUUGAUGCCAUUAUCCCUGUCGAGUUGGUAGAUGGGAAACAGGAGCGGAGCCAUUGCAGCAGAUACCGGCUGGAUUUGGUUAAAAAUUUCUCUGCUCAGGGUUUAAUUCCUGGCAGGGAUGUUAACCUUAGUCAGCUGGAGCAGGAGGGCUGUGUAGACGGGUGGAGCUAUAGUAAAGAUAUCUAUGAGUCCACUGUUGUCUCAGAGUUUGAUUUGGUGUGCAGUGAGCAGUGGAAGCAGCCGUUCAUCUCUACCAUCAUCUUCCUGGGAGUUCUUAUUGGAUCAUUCAUCUCAGGACAACUCUCAGACAUGUUUGGGAGAAAACCUGUUCUCUUUGCAACCAUGGCACUUCAGGCUGUCUUUACAUUUGUUCAAAUCUUCUCCCCAUCUUGGGAAGUUCUGUGCGUCCUCACCUGCAUUGGUGGAAUGGGACAAAUCUCCAACUAUGUGUCUGGAUUUGUGCUCGGGACUGAAAUUUUGACUGGCAAUGUGAGGGUGUUAUUUUCAUCAAUGGGUGUAUGCCUGGGCUUUGCUUGUGGCUACAUGAUGCUGCCACUCUUUGCUUAUUAUUUAAGGAACUGGAAAUCUCUCCUGUUGGCUUUGUCUGUGCCUGGACUGGCUUACCUCCCUCUCUGGUGGAUCAUCCCAGAGUCUCCCAGAUGGCUGCUCAGUCAGGGGAGAGUGGAGGAGGCUGAGGCCAUAGUGAGAAAGGCUGCUAGGUGGAACAAAGUUCAGGCUCCACUGGUCAUUUUUGAGGAAAGUAGCGCUGAUGGGAUAAUGACACUCCUGGAGGAACAUCACAACAUUUUUAGUCUGCUGAAGACAAAAAACAUCAGAAACAUAACUGUGAUUCUGUGCUUACUGUGGUUCUCCUUGAGUACUGGAUACUGUGGCCUGUCCCUCAACACAUCCCGACUUCAUGCUGACCCCUUUCUCAGCUGCUUCAUUUCAGCCAUUGUAGAGGUUCCAGCUUACAUUUCCAGCUGGUUUGCACUACGAUACAUUCCUCGACGAGUAUCUACCAUCUGCAUCUUGCUCUUUGGGGGAGUCUCACUGUGCCUGAUUCAGCUGAUACCAGAAAGUUUACUUAGUCUGUCUGUUGCACUGGAGAUGCUGGGAAAAUUUAGUAUUACCAGUGGUACAUCCCUGAUGUAUGUCUACACAGCAGAGCUUUACCCAACAGUGAUCAGAAACACAGCGACUGGAACAUGUAGUACUGUUGCUAGAGUUGGCAGCUGUAUUGCACCUUUUCUUUUACAGCUGAGUGUAUACUUUAAGUAUCUUCCAUAUAUAUUGUUGGGGACUCUGUGUGCUGUGUCUGCCUUUGCUGCCCUCUUCCUGCCAGAGAGCUUUAAACUACCCCUCCCUGAAACGAUUGAACAGAUGCACAAGAGAAAACGCUUGAAAUGGCCACUCAUCGCUAUGAAACAACAAUCAAAACCUGGGGUACUUUCUGAAACUAAACUUUGAUUGUCUAAGAUGUUCCAAAAUAACUGGA